AUGACAACCAUGUUUUGUUGCUAUGGCAGCCAUGAAUAUAAAGAUUUGAAUGAUGUUGAAGUUGAUGUCCCUGAGUCUCUUGAUAUAUCCAGUCUAAGAGGAGGAGGUAUUCAACCAGGAGAAGUUGAACUACCUGAAGAAACCGGACCAGCACAACCUGAAGUUGAGAUUGAUGAAGGUGUGUUGUCACAAUUAGCCGGAAUGGGGUUUGACAUUGAAGGCUGCAAGCGUGCCAUAUACCACACUAAGAACCAAGGAAUAGAACCAGCCAUGAAUUGGGUACUGGAACACAUGGGAGACCCUGAUUUUACGGAUCCAUUUGUUCCUCCUGGUAGUGUCAAGUCAGCAGGGGGUGGGGCUGAUAAAGGAGGUGGGGCCAGUGAGGACUCCAUUGCUAUUGUAAUGUCACUGGGUUUCACUAGAGAACAAGCUAUGAAAGCUUUGAAGGCUACAGAUAAUAAUGUAGAGAGAGCUGCUGAUUGGGUGUUCAGUCAUAUGGAUGAACUACAACAAAUGGAAGAAGGAGAAGGUGAAGAACCAAUGGAAGAGGAACAGUUCAGUGAUGGGUCUGGAAAGUACAGUCUAAUAGCAUUCAUCAGUCAUAUGGGUACCUCAACAAUGACUGGUCAUUAUGUGUGUCACAUUAAGAAGGAUGGGAAGUGGAUCAUAUUUAAUGACAACAAAGUAGCCGAGUCUGUGGCUCCACCUAAAGACCAUGCCUAUCUCUAUUUCUACAAGAGAGAACAUUAGAACACUGAGAGUGUAUUACUAUCAGUAUCUGUUUUGUACUGUUAUGUGGAGUUUAAAUAUUAUUUGACUAUAAAAAAGACAAUAA